GGUACGAAACAAAAAAUUUGAUAGGAACGCAAAAAGUCAAUAUUUGAUGGAAAUGGAAAAAAUGAGCAGGUCUUCGAGUUUAAUGUCAAAAGAGAGUUUUGAAUCAGCGAUUGAACUAAUGCCAACUGACAGAAGCACAGAUGGAAAUGGUCGAUGUUUUUCAGAUGAGAACCAGGAUUGUAAAAUUAACAAAAAAUCUGGUGGAAAGAAUAGUCAUGUAUUCAAAGACCACAAAUGUUGUUUGUUAAUUGCUACUAUCGUAUUUAUCAUGUUUAUAGUGUUUCUGAGUAUCUUCAUCAUCAUAAAUUACAAUCGCUGUGAGCCAACUCGUGAAUAUUCUUUUGUUUCCGGAAACUGCACUAACUGUACAAAAGAAAAUAAAACAGAGGAAAAAGAAUCACCUAGCAAAGAAGUCAAAGAUACAGAAUUUCAAGUUACACUUUGGGACUCAUCGAUGACAGUUAUUAUAAAAACCCAUGAAACGCUAUCUCUCCAACUCAGUCGAUAUGACGACGACACCACAAUGAUGAUAUGUAGAAAUAACAGAACGUCGUAUGAGCUCUUCUGUAACUCCCAAGCGAAACGUAAUUGCCAGUCUGUUCCUGUUCCUGUCAAUAAAUCAGUUACCAUCAGAAAUGAAACACAAGAUGAACAGAUCAUAUUUAAUAUUGUGGCAAAAUGUAUAAAUCAAAAAGUUGGUAUCAAAUGGAUAAAUAUUUAGCCUGUAAUUGGCAUGUAUUUUCAAAAACGUUAUUAGGUUUCGUCAUCUUUCUGAUUUGAAAAGAACUAAGCAAUGUUACUUUAGAAUAGUUUUUAAUGAUGCAUGAAUAGGUGAAGAUGUUAAACUUCUCGGAAAAUCUAUUUUACUUAAUAUUGAACUAGUUGUGGGAUCCCAAUUUAGAUCACUCCAUACUUGUCUGUCUUUACCCAAACUUGUGAGUUUAUCAUAUACGCAUGCUUGCUUUUCCCUGUGUGGAUGAAUAAAACCAACCAAGAGGGGAGGAAUUCAUUAAGAAGACACAUGCGUCUAGUUAGUUGUACGAAGAUAUUUUCAUAAAACAUGUUUUCGAGGUUCGGAUAUUUUUUUGUGAAUUAAUCUCGGAGUACAUUUGUUUUUGAAUUGUAAACAUCCUAUCUGAUACUACUACUUAGUUUAUAACUGCAUGCAGCUGGUGGUAUAUUUGUAAUUUCCAGCUUAUAUCAAUUGGCCAGUAUCCAGUGUUUUCGUCGAGACAUUAUGAAAAUUCUAAGUUUUUAUUAAAACUUUUAAUUUAGAAAUUUAUUAUUUUUACUAUAACCAGAGUUACAAAUGUUUGCAGUGUUUAGUCCCUGUUCCUUAAAUGUUUUGUUUCACAGAAAUGUUUUGUAUCGAGCGUACCUGUCGGAGGUAAUCUGAGAAAAAUUUUCAUGCGCAUGAAAUUCAAUAUGAUACUUUUUUGAUUUUCUUUGACAUGUUGUUCUAAGGGAGUUUUCCUGAUUGUGUGACCGUUUACAAAUUAAAAAAAUAAUUAAAUCAUUCUUCUAUCCUGUA